CAUCCCCUUUCUCUCUUCACUUCUCUCCUCCGCCAACAGCUUCUGCUCGCCGCCGCUCCGGCUUCCAUCUCCAUUUUCCCGCCCCACAUUCUCUCCGCCUCUCCAAUUUCAAGUUCAAUUCAUCGUAAUUAUCAUCAAUUUGUCCCUAAUUUCGAUCAAUUUUGAGUUAACGCUCCGCCUCUCCGAUUUCCACUUCACUUCCCCGACAUUCUCACCAAUUCGACCUAAUUCGAAUCAAUUUCAAGUUAAUUCCCCGCCUCCGCGGUGAUGGAGCGGAAGCAAGGGUUUUUCUCGGCGGUGAAGGAGGAAAUGGCGCGGGGGCUGUCGAGGAGGGGGCGGAGCCAGUCGCCGUCGCGGAGGAGGGGAAGCGGGCCGGAAAUGUGCGUUUCGAGAUCGAGCAGUGUGAGGCCCGGCGCGGAAGCUCUGUCGCCGCUGAGGGAGGGUCCGGAUCCGGAUGAGUCGGAUUCGGGUGACCUCAGGGCUGAAAGCUGGGCGAAUUGGCUCUGCAGAGCUCCGGCUCCUUCCAGCUCCGCCUCGGGCUGCUCCAGGUCCGAUCUGCACCUGCUCCUCGGCGUGCUCGGCGCGCCGCUUGCGCCGGUGCAUGUUAGCAAUAACGACCCUCUGCCGCACCUCUGUAUCAAAGAUACGCCUAUUGAAUGCUCCUCUGCUCAGUACAUUCUGCAGCAAUAUCUGGCGGCAUCUGGAGGCCAUAAGGUUCAAAACUGUAUACAGAAUGCCUACGCGAUGGGGAAGGUGAAGAUGCUGGCAUCUGAUCUCGAGACUGCGGGUAAGGUGAUCAAGAGUCGGAAUUCGUCCAAAGCAGCUGAGUCGGGGGGAUUCGUGCUCUGGCAAAUGAAUCCUGAUAUGUGGUAUGUCGAGCUCGCUCUUGGUGGCAGCAAGGUUCACGCUGGUUGCAAUGGCGAGCUCGUGUGGAGGCAUACUCCGUGGCUCGGUGCACAUUCGGCCAAAGGGCCUGUCCGCCCUCUACGCCGUGCCCUACAGGGCCUUGAUCCGAGAACCACGGCCAACAUGUUCGUGAACGCGAGGUGCACGGGGGAGAAGACGAUCAAUGGGGAGGAUUGCUUCGUUCUCAAGCUCUGCGCUGAUCCGCACACACUGAAAGCCAGGAGCGAAGAAGGGCCUGCGGAGAUCAUAAGGCACGUCCUGUUUGGAUACUUCAGCCAGAAAACGGGGCUCCUCGUGCAACUUGAGGACUCCCACUUGACCCGGAUACAGACCAACGGGGGCGAUGCAGUGUACUGGGAGACGACCAUAAACUCGGUUCUUGAUGACUACCGGCCUGUCGAGGGCGUGAUGGUUGCCCACUCUGGGCGGUCUGUGGCGACCCUCUUUAGGUUCGGGGAAACGGCAAUGAGCCACUCCAAGACGAGCAUGGAAGAGGUGUGGACGAUUGAGGAAGUAGCGUUCAACGUCCCUGGACUCUCUGCUGACUGCUUCAUUCCGCCUGCUGAGCUGAAGCUUGGCUCCAUCAGGGAAGCGUGUGAGCUCCCUCAACAAGGGAGGGCGAAGAACACAGCUGCGUACGGAGCCAAGGUUGCCGUGUACCCCAGUCUCAGGUAGCUGUUUCUUCUUUUUUGCAGAAGCGCUUAGGUUAGUUCUCCAUGGUACAGACUGACAAAGUGAAGUAGCAGUGAAAGGGCAUUCUACAAAUUCAGAGGGGAUUUUUACAGUUUAUGCUAUGAAUCUGUAUAUAGAGGCAUAAAUGAGUGUUUUUGUCACUCUCUCUCUAUAAUCUCACUCAAGAGUGUUUGAAAAAACUCACUCAAGAGUGUUGGUUUUUUUCCAGCAGAAUCUGUUGUUGUAAAAUCAAGAAUUGUGCUUCUGUUCAUCAUCUUGUAGUUGUUGAUAUAUGAUGAUUUCAUUGUUUAAUAAAUCUAUAUAUCCCUAUGUUUCUGUA